CUUAAAUGGACAAAUGUAUCCACUAGGGCUGAACGAUCUAUCGUUUUGGACCGAAAAUCGCGAUCUCAGACAACACGAUUUUGGGAUCGUCAAAGCUGCGGUUUUUGCUUGGUGUAUAUUAAUAAUAAUAAUUUCGUCAAUAAUUUCACAUGAAUGCCCAAGGCUCUGUGUCAGCUACCGAUCAGAAAGCUGCAGGCUGCGCGUGACCAGAUCACGUGUUCGCCACCCAAGUCAGUGUGUAGCUUGUCAUUCAAUUUCAAGCAUACUUCCCCACUGACCAUACCGGGGAGAAUAUUGCCAUGGGGUUGAAGGAGUGCUUGGCCAACUGGGGUCUAAAAGAAGAAGCCCAGACGUGCAUAAUAACAGACAACGCUUCAAAUAUGGUCAAAGCAAUGGGACUUAACCAAUGGACCAGACUGCAGUGCUUCGGACACAGGCUGCAUCUUGCAAUUGAAAAUGCUGUCAAAGAUGAGCAAAGAAUCAAACGGGCCACAGGACUUUGCAAGCAGCUGGUUGCGGUCUUCACUCACAGCUGGAAGAAGAAGGCGGCACUAAAACAGGCACAGCAAGACUUGAACCUACCUCAACAGUCACUGGUCACUGAAUGUCCGACACGAUGGGGCUCCCGGCAGAAAAUGAUUGGGAGGGUGUUGGAGCAGAGCAAGGCACUGUGCCAGGUUCUGUCUGAAGACAGGAAGACGCGGCACCUGGUCCUCACUUGGCAAGACACAGAUGUCCUUGAAUCUGUAAACAAUGCCCUCGGUCCUCUUCAGGAGUUCACAGACGCCCUCUCAGGUGAGGACUACGUAAGCGUGUCAUACCUGAAGCCAGUGCUCCAUCUCCUCAGAACAGCAACGCUUGCUGAAACUGACCAGGACACGAAUCUCACCAAGGAGAUCAAAUCAAGAGCUCUCCACUACAUUGAAGAGAAAUACAGCGACCCAGUGACACAGGAGCUCUUGGACAUCACAUCCUUCCUUGAUCCAAGAUUCAAGAAGAGCUACAUAAGUGAAGAGAAUGUCCCAUACAUCAAAGACAGAGUGAAGAUGGAAAUGGAACAGGUGGCACAAAAGGAGCAGAGGGCUUGUGUCACAACCCAUCCCAUGCCCCUGAGUGCAGAAGAAGAACCACCCUCCACCUCUACAAAGCGAAAGCGGUCACUGGGCAGCUUUUUCAAGACCAAGGCGGUCCCUGCUUCCUCUACUGUGCAGUUGGAGGAUACCAUUAAAGCAGAACUGGACAACUACCUCAUAACUCCUACCAUUGAUGGAGAGCAAGAUCCACUGGCCUGGUGGAGAGUGCACAAUGUCAACUUCCCAUGGCUUAGCAAGUUGGCUCGUAAGUACCUUUGCAUACCAGCAACGAGUGCACCAUCAGAGAGACUGUUCAGUGCCAGUGGCAAUAUUGUCACAUGUCAGCGUGCAAGUCUGAAGCCAGCAAAGGUUGACAAGCAGCACAGGUUUCUGGAUACACGGGUUGAAUAUCUGUAACUGCUGCUGAUGUUGAGGUUCAUAAGCUAGCUCCUUUGAGACAUUUUGCACUGCUUUUAAGGUAAGACUUCUUUUUUUGCUCCACUUUGUUGUUACACUGAAACUUGUUUAAAUAAAAAAAAUCGUGGAGAAAUCGAAAUCGCAAUCUCUGCCAGAAAAAUCGCAAUUUCAAUUUUUACUUAAAAUCGUUCAGCCCUAGUAUCCACGUAUAACAAUUGUAUUGUUUAUACUUCAUAUCUAAUGAUUAUAUUAUAAAAUGUGUGCCAUGAACCUUCAAUGCAGACCCACCUCUUCUUGAUGGCAUUUGAUUGAGUUGAGAUUCACACUUCCCCCAAUUGUUUUACUGAUGUUUGGUUAUAGCUAUGUUUGCUUUGUAACUUCAGUUUUUUCUUUGUAUUGAUGUGACGUGUGGCUGUUACACACUUAAAUGUGCUAUUCUUAAACGUAUGACUUGACCUGUUGCAUAUUGACCUGACGAUUAGACUGUAUUGUUAUUUUUAUUUCCUCCAAAUGACUUUUGUCAUUUUUCAUUCCAGGUUAAUCACUAAGACUUCUUAAGGUUUAAUACUAUACAUAAUAUCAGGCAUUGCUCGACUUAUUUCUAUGAUGAAAUUAUUUUUAUUUGCCUAAAAGGGGUUAAAUGUGGGCAUACUGAGUCCACAAAUGUGUUUAAUCAAAAUAUACACCAUCAUGUUUAAGUUGUGUGACUAAAAACUACAGAGCAUGAUCUCAGUAUAUUCAGCGGUGCCUUCAGCUGUAAUUUCAGGUGUUGACCUUCAGUGUGUUAACCAGGUCACAGGUUAAAGAUUAACUUCAUGAACUAAAAAUGACU